AUGCUGGACAAGCUGCCACCCGAGUUGCUCAGAUCUGGAAACGGUAAGGAGCAUGUCAUCAAAUAUGCUCUUGAAUGCGACUUAAUACCGGCGAAUCAACAUGGCUUCACCCCAGGACGCUCUGUUGAGACGAAUAUGAUUGAAUGUCUCCAUGAUUGGACAGAUGCCGUCGAUAACGACCGUUGUUGUGAUGUUAUCUACUUUGACUUCGCCAAGGCUUUUGACCGGGUGUCGCAUGGACAGGACUUUCCAAGUUAG